ACCCUUUCGAUCACUUCGACUGAUUGUGUUGAUGCGGCUUGGCGUAGAUUCAAAUGGUCAGGUUCAAUUGUUGAUUUGAGAUUAGAGGGUUUCAACUUUAAAGGAGAAAGGGAUUAUAAAGUCCUUGAUCAUAUGGCACCUAACGUAGUUAAACUAGUUCUUUCACCUGCUGAACCUAUAGAUGAUUGGGAAGAAGACCAGCCAGCUCAACACGUUUACAAGUUACCACAAUUAGUUUCAUUGGAAAUAAAAGCUUGGUGUGAAGAUUUAACACCAAGAUUUCAAUAUUGCGAAAAGUUGGAAAAACUUCAUACAGUUAUGAAUUUACAACGUCAUUCAAACUGGGAAGUGAUUCCGAUUUUGGUUUGUGCAAACGCUUGGCCUAAAUUAAAUACAUUAGUCUUACAAAACUCUUCUGAACAUAUGAUCAAGUUUUUUACUACCAACGGCUUAGGUGAAUUUUGUAACAAACACCGUAUUGAACUUAUGACCUGAUUGUUUUUCUUUCAACCGAACAAAACCGUCUUUUUCACAAGUCUUCUGUACAUGACGCUUUGUUUUAAAAUCUCGUUAUCACCUUAUUGUAAAGAACUUGUUUGUUCUAAUGUCCUUCUUUUCUUUUGAAUACCUUGUACACUCUUUUGUUUCCAUUGAACUUAUUGCGUCGUUUUUUGAAACCAUGUUUGUAGCCCGCUUUGAUAUGAAUAAAGAUCGUUAUUUUGUGACC